GAACGAUUCGAUUUAUCAACAGUGUAACAGGGUGGUGUACUGGUGUCGCGAGAGUUCGGUCAGUCGCAUCCCGGGAAUCGCCCUCCGGACUUGCCGGCGGCGGCCGCAUCAUGGGCGACGAGGCAACGCAGGUCAGCGCCUUCAGCGCCGGGGUGGCCCACGCACUCUGCUUCGCCGGCCUCGCAGCCGCCCAUUAUCUCUCUGGCCGCGGCGCGCUCGUCUCCGACCCCGCCCACGCCCUCCGCCUCCUCGUGGUCUUCGAAGCGCCUCUCGUCAUCGUGGUGUUCAGUUUGCUCCGGCGAGAUCCCAAGGGCUGCUCGUUUCUUAGGGCAGCUGCGCGAGGAUUGCUUGGCCUCCCCACGGGUGCAUUCCUAAAUGCAUUUGGAGCAAUUGUUCUUGGUGCACCCAUUGGAAUCAAGUACUGGGCAGCUACAACUUAUUGGUCACUUCUUAUGUCCUUGUUCACAUUUGUACCUGCAGCAUGUGUAUUCGGAGCAUCCAAAGUCAAUUGGCAGUUGCUUUCUCAUUCCAUUUACUGCAGACCAACUGAUGCAGUGGACUACAUGAUAUCUGCGCCUGCUCAUGGAGCUGUAAUAGGAGCAUGGCUUGGAGCUUGGCCUAUGCCUCUUGACUGGGAAAGACCUUGGCAGGAAUGGCCGAUCUGUGUUACUUAUGGUUCGGUUGUUGGCCAUUUGAUUGGAAUGGCAAUUUCACUGGUCCUAGUAGUCACUCAUAAGAGAAGAAGUCGUCCCAAAGCUGACUAGGCCAUGGAUGACAAACGCCCUUGCGUUUGCUGCUCAUCAAGGAUUUUUUUUCCCGAUAGUGUACUGUAUUAUCUUUUGAGGGGGACAAUUCUAUGUUGAUUAGCUUUCAUAUUGAAUAUAAGCAUUGAUGGCUUACAAUAGGUUCGUCCAGGUUCUACGUUGUUGUCUCGUUCGGCUGGUCCCUUUUGCUUUUUUUUUUGCUGCCACAUAUUACCCCUUUUUUAAUUAACUAGAAUUUAUUGUAAGAGUAAAUUA